AAAAAAAAAAAGAGCCAAUGUUUUUGGUUUGUUCCUCGUAAAGUAACUGUUAAGGAAGAUCUUACCCACCCAAACCAAAUGCCGCAGCAGCGCGCUGUUUGGUACCAACACAAAAUCUAACCCGCAUUUUCUCUGUCAUCCAAACAACCCCUUUCGCCUCAGAUCUCUCGCCGCGAGAACAUGGAUCAAUUGUCGGCGAUCAGCGAGGACCUGGCCGAGAUCGACGGACACAUCGCCGACAAUUUCCGCGCCCUAUCAAAUGGAUUUCAGAAGUUGGAGAAGAUUAAGGAUUCGAAUAGACAGAGCAGGCAGUUGGAAGACCUCACGGAAAAAUUGCGAGAAUGUAAACGGCUUAUUAAGGAGUUUGAUAAAGAAGUCAAAACAUUGGAGAGUAGCUUUGAUAGAGAAACCAACAAAAUGUUGAAUGAGAAAAAGCAGUCAAUGAUCAAAGAGCUAAACUCAUAUGUUGCUUUGAAAAAACAGUAUGCUACAAAUAUUGAGAAUAAACGAAUUGAACUCUUUGAGGGGCCCAAUGAAGGUUAUGCAGAAGAAAAUGGCUUGCUAGCAUCCUCAAUGACAAACGAACAGCUAAUGGAUCAUGGAAAUCGGAUGAUGAAUGAGACAGAUCAAGCCAUUGAAAGGGGAAAGAAGGUAGUUCAAGACACCAUAAAUGUUGGUACAGAUACUGCAGCAGCUCUUAAGGCUCAGACGGAACAAAUGAGCAGAGUUGUCAAUGAGCUGGAUUCAAUCCAUUUCUCUAUAAAGAAAGCCUCUAAAUUGGUCAAGGAAAUCGGUAGGCAGGUUGCUACUGACAAGUGUAUUAUGGCACUUCUUUUCCUUAUUGUCAUUGGAGUAAUUGCAAUCAUUAUUGUAAAGCUUGUGCACCCAGAAAACAAGGACAUUCGCGACAUUCCAGGACUAGCUCCUCCAGUUCAGAACCGAAGACUGCUCUGGAGUCACAGUUGAAGAAUUAUAAUGAACAUGGUGAUGACUGUGAUGAGCUUAUGACAAAUGCAUUGGGGGACCGCUAGAGAUUAAAAUGAACAUGUUUAUGACUUUAUUGAACAUGUUUAUGACUUUAUCAAAUUGUUUUGAUGGUGAUGACAUUGGCUGCAGCUGUUUGCUAGAAACAGGGUUGCCAAUAAUUGACUUUGUUAUUACAUAAUAGUAGAGAGGGGGUUGGUUGGCCUGAGGCAUGAUAGAACGUGGGUCUAAGCAUGCACAUUUGAUUUUAUUUUUUUUUCCCUUGAACUGAACCAUUUUUACUACAUAGGUUCCGUCUAUCGAAUCAUAGGAAAAGCCAAACACAUGUGCCCUCGAGAUUAUUUGUUAUAUUGUUAUCAAUCUUGUAAUAUACGGUGGCUUUUACUGUAUGUAUACCUUCAGUCCUUUAGUAUGAUGAGUAUUAUCAAUUUAUAAUAUAAGGCACUCAUUUAUUUUUGUUUUAAA